GAGUUCUACUGUAUUCACGAUGUUUCGAGCAAUUUCGAGAAUCUACCAGUUGCAUAUUCUACAAUAUUCUAUUCAAAUAAAAAUCAUUAAAUAUUAAUUUUAUUUCAUCAUUUAACUAAUAAACAAUUUAAUAAUAUUUUAUUAAUUAAUUUUUAAUUAUUUUUAAUAUAUAUUUUUAUAUUGAUGAAAUUUUCUCGACUAGUGUUUCGAAUUUUCUCGAGUUUUUUAUUUAUUUUUAUGUGAUGUCAAAGUAGUGUGUGUGUGUGUGUUUUAUUUUGAUGAUGAUGUCAGUUUGUGAUAUCAUCAUGGAAAUGUUUAUAUUUUUUUUCAAAAUAUGAAUAUAAUUAUUUUAAAUUUAAUUUAUAAUUUUUUUGGAUAGCUGACAGAUUGAUACAAGUGGGAGAUGGAUAGCAUCAUCAUUCAGUUCAUUCUGAGUGUUCUCGAUCAGCUGUGCUUGUAGAUAAAAAAAAAAAAAAAACAACAACAACAACAAUGUGUCAUUGUGUCUUGCAGUCUAAUAUAAAUUGAUAAUAAAUAUGUCAAAUUUUAUUUUAUUGAUGAUUAAUUGGAGCUUGUUAAAUAUCACUGUAAAUAUUUUUAACAAUAAUGGUUCUAUUGAUAAUGGCUAAACUGUAAAUAUUGAUAUAAUAACAAUAAUUUUUCUUUAUCUUGAUAUAUAAUUUUGAGGACAUCUUGACGUUAAAAUUAUUAUCAUAUAUUUUUGUUACAGAUGACAAUUUACAUGACCAUGAAUGAGAGACAACAAUACUAGUUGUCAAGAAGCAUUUGUUAUAUUUUUAAAUACACAAAAGAGUCUUUAAAAAUUUACACAAAGAAGAAGAGACGUUAAAUGAAGUUGAUGAAAACUGUAAAUCACAAAUGAAUAAACAACAUUAACAACAAGAGACAAUUUAAAUUUCAUCAGUUUGAACAACUAGUCAACAAAUUAAUCCAAAUGACUUGAAAGAGAUAGCAUUGUUGACGACAAACAGUGUUGAUGGUGUUGAUGAUUAUCCUGUUUGUAUUAAAGCAAUGAGACAAGCAAAAAGAAGAAAAAGAAAAUUUAACCAUUUUUCAUUUUAAAAACAAUUAUCAUGUUUACCUGGAUCAGAUAUAAAACAUCAUGAUUUAAUUUUAAAUGAAUGGUUGAAUUAUUGUUUAUUUGAAAAUUAAUAUCCAACUAUGAUUUAAUCAAUUAGUUGGAUCUUGGGAAAAAAUUAGAUGCUGAUGUAUAAUUAAUGUCAUCGAAAAAAUAUUGAAAAGCAAGUGCUGAUAUUUUUGGAAGUUCAUUUGAUGAUGAUGAUGAUGAUCGACGACGUAGAUCAUCAACUGGCGUGUGACAUAUUGUACCAUAAUCAAUAAAGAAAAAUAUUGUUGCUAUUUUUUAAUAAACCUCGUUGAUAAAUUUUUUUAUCUUUAUUAAUUUACAUAAUAUUAAUAUAUAUUAAUUGAUCUUUAUUGAAUUUAUUUCUUUUGUUUUCUUCAAUGAUAAUAUGUGCUGCCAAUCGGUAACAUCGGAAAAUUGCUGGUUGUUUCUGGACCUUGUCAGCUGUUAAUUCAACAAAAAUAAACAUAAUAUAAAAACACACACACACUGAUACACAAAAUUAAUAAAAAUAAAUAAAUAAAAAAUUCGCAAAUACGUCAAACGAUUUAUAACAGAUAUAAAAACGUAAAUAACCACAAAAUAAAAAUAACGAAAUUUGAUAUCAUAUUAUAAAAAAAAAUAUACUGAAAUAUUAUUUAUAAAAAAAAAAAAAAAAGAAAAAAAACUGUUAAAUUAUUUAAACUACAAUGCAAAAUAACAACUGGAGAAAUUCACAUGAUAAUUUUUCAAUUAGUGACUUUCAAAAUUUGCCAAAGAUUGAAUAUGUCAAUCAAGAAAAUCAUCAUCAUCUUCCAGCUAAUAAAAAAAAAACAUUGGACAUAACAUUGACAAGUCAAUUAAAUUUUUUUGAUUAUCAAAAAAUUAAUGAUAAUAUACAAAGAAUAAUUUCAUCUGAUGAAAAAACAAUUGUACCAUCUUCUUCAUCAUCAACAUCAUCAAGCCUUGAAAUUGUCAAUAAUUAUGAUAUAAAAAAAAUAAACAAAAAAAGAAAAAACUCAAAUAUUAUCAAUAUUAAUUUACAACAAGCAUUAGAGAAACAUGGAUAUUAUAAUUUACUUGAAUCAUCAACAAAGCCAACAAAAAUAACAAUGGAUAUUUGUAAAUUAAGUGUCAAUAUGUCAAUAGUCAACACACUAUGGCUUAAAAAAAUAAGCCAAAAAAAUAAAAAGAAAAAAUUAACAAAAUUGAAAAGUUUAAUAAUACAAAAACAUAAAUUUAAAAAACAAUCAUCAUCAUCAUCGUCAUCAUCAUCUGAAUUAAUUCCCAUGAAUUUUAAUAAUAGAAAUUUGACAGACACAUGUAGUAUUAAUUUAAAUCAAUUAAAAAUAUCACCAUCAUCAAAUAAUGAUUUAAUUAAUCAAGAAUUGAUUAUAAAAAUGUCAUCAUUAUCAUGUAAUCAUGAUAUUCUUAAUCAUCGUGAUAGCUCAAAGGACAUAAUCAUUGAUGAUGUCAUAACAUUUCAUCCAAAUUUAGAAGAGACAUUGAAUAACAUUAGUUUGCAAACAAAAAUUAAUGAUUAUGAUGGUGAUGAUGAUGAUGAUCAAUACAGUACAUAUUCAAGUCUUGUUAUUGAUGAAAUUCAUGAUAUUGAUAAAAUAAGUAAUUUAAGUAUUCAAGAUGAUAAUAAAAUUGAUCAUCAAAAUAAUGAUUUAAAUAAAAAAAUAUUCUAACAAAUUUAAAGAAUAUUAUUAACAUGUAGAAAAUAUAUUUAUAUAUUUUGUAAGAGUUUUAUUAAGUAAGUAUAUAAUGACAUGUAAAUUGAGUCAAUUGUUUGAGAAAUUAUUUCAGAAAAUAUUUGGAUAUAAAAAAAAAAAUAUAAAUUAUAUAUAAAAUGAAGAUAAAAUUCAAUUUAUUAUUAUUGCAAAAGAAAGUAAUUAAUGUUGAUGAUAAUUUUUUAAAAUUCAUGAUAAUAAAAGUAUUUAUUAUUGUUGUUUUAAUUUUUUUUUUUUCUUUGUUAUUGUUCAGGUGGUGUUAAUAUUAUUGUCAAUAUGGUUGACAAACUAAUUGACAUUAAAAUGGAUUUAUCAGUUGUGUUGGAAUAAUUAUCUAUUAUUGGACAAA